CUCAUCAGUAUCACGUGAUUGAACAAACCGUGAGCCUUGGGAGAGACAAGUAACAGACCAACACUCAUGGCUCCCGACCAAUGACCGACCACUGUGACGUCAUCAGGAUUACCGCCGAACCUAUGCUCAUGAAGAACUUGUCCGAACGUUCGGCGAACUGCUUCUUUAUCCAAGUGUUUGAUAUGGAAAAUUAUUGGCUAUUAUAAUCAAGAAGAGAACUGGAAAACCAUUUAUGAAGGUCUACAUUGAUGUCGUAUGUGUUGGUUAGUGUUCUGUUUUCGAUAAUGAAGUCRAGCAUUCACUCUGAAGCGACCAACYUUAGACAAGGUGAAGUGAAYACAACUUGUGGAGUGGUGAGAGGUAAAACUAUCAAUCUACCUACUGGAAAACCAGUCGUUCAGUUCCUAGGAAUACCUUACGCGAAUGCUGGUAGGUUUGAGCGGCCAAAACCACCAARUAUUUGGAACGUGACCCUUGAAGCUACAAAAUACGGCAAAUCUUGUCCGCAGCUGGAGAAUGUUCCACCUUACAAGGUAUCGCCAAAAGACACGAGUGAAGACUGCUUGAACUUGAAUGUUUUCGCGCCAAACACGACAGCCUUUCAAGAAAAGUCUGCUACGAACCCUGUGUUGGUUUGGCUACACGGAGGAGGGUUUAUUUUUGGUACGAGCGCCAUUACGGACCCCAGUACGAUAGCGACUYGGGGAAACAUUAUAGUAGUUACUGUCAACUAUCGACUAGGUGCACUGGGUUUUCUUAGUCUUAAAGAAGAAGGUCUUUCUGGAAACUAUGCUCUCCUAGACGUWAUUGAAGCGCUCCGAUGGGUUCAAAGUAACAUUAAAAGUUUUGGUGGCGACCCAAAGAACGUGACCCUAGGAGGAUGGUCAGCGGGUGCACGUCUUGUAGGAGUACUGAUGAUGUCACCAUAUGCUAAUGAACUGUAUGAAAGAGUAUUGAUGAUGAGUGGCUCUGCUGGGGGUCUGUAUUCAUACUUGGAGCAAGAAGAGGCUGAUCUUAGGGCUCGGUAUUUUGGAGGCCUUCUCCGCUGCCCUCACCCAAGCAGCGACUUCAAGGACUGCUUGAAAAGGAAAUCCCCAGCACAGUUUAUCGAAGCGCAAAACAAGACGCAUCCAUCUGCUCUACUCGCACAGUGGGCACCUGUUGUGGAUGGAGAUGUCUUACCAGAUUCCCCGCCAAUACUUUUAGACCAAGGAAAGUUUAACGGGUCCAGUGUUCUUACUGGUGUUGCUAACGAUGAUGGAAGUGACUUUCUUUACGAUAUUCCCGGUGUGAAUAGCGGGGUCGAUGUUACCAAAGGUUUAACAAGAGAAGUAUUUGAACAAGUCAUUGGCAACAAAACAUGGAUCCGUAACCAAGAUAACAAAGUCCCGCCAAUCAUAGCCUUCCAAUACACCGAUUGGUCAAAACCUAAUGACGUCAAUAUGACGAGAAGGCAGUAUCUCGAUUUGCUGACUGACUCUAUAUACAGAGCUCCUGCUAUACAUUCUGCUAAUGCUUUUGCAAAGAAGAUCCCUGUGUUUUUCUAUGAGACAGAGUAUCGAGAGGUUAAUGACGUCAAUGGUAAACCCAAUCCCACAUGGAUGAACGUCGCCCACAGGGCUGAUCUGAGGYACAUUUUCCCAAAACCCACGUCAGUUGUAUCAGGAUUUACUGUAACGAUGAUGGAACCUUGGAUGAACUUUAUCAAAUCUGGGACACCCAACUUCCCCACCCAGCWAGCAUGGCCACGCUACACUAUCGCAGACCAACAGUAUCAGGUGUUAAAGGGCUUUCCCGCACCUGCUUCAAAGUUACGGGUGCAAAAAAUGAAUUUCUGGAAUGAGUUCAUACCGAAGAAUGGAAUGGCCGAGGCAACAACACCCGCUCCAACGACAAGUCCUAAUGAUGACUACGAUCCUCGUUAUUAUUUUCAUAAUCGUUUUAUAUGCACGAGGUUACGAAAACACACCACCAUCGACCUCGGCAAGCUACCGCAAGCCUCAACCCAAGGAGUCUACUACUACAUCCAAAGAGGAAGACAAAUACCACAGCACCCCUUAUGCCCAAUCACCUCCAUACGAGAGCCCCGGACCAUACCGGUACGGGAACUCGUCCACGUUUGCCGAGAAGAAGGACCUUCCACCUCCCUCAUCUCYCGUAUACAAUGGCGAUUAUUACGAUGGAAAAAUUCGUAUUGUUGAAGAGCGCGAUUCGCCCUYUAAGGUCUACAUGGAUUCUGAUAUGUUGUGAGAUAGAGAAUCAAUAGAGCAAUCGUUGUGCACUCGGUAAUACUUAGUUUAAUCGAUGAACACUCGGAAGUGGCAAUGAAGAUGAGAAUCAAUAGAGCAAUUGUUGUCCACUCGGUAAUACUUAGUUCAAUCGAUGAACACUCGGAAGUGGCAACGAAGAUGAGAAUCAGUAGAGCAAUUGUUGUCCACUCGGUAAUACUUCGUCCAAUCGAUAAACACUCGGAAGUUUCAACGAAGAUGUUGGCUGAAGUUUAUAUAACAAGAAUAGAACUGAACUGAAUAGUACGGGAAAAGGAAUAUUGGAAAAAGAGAGUAAUAAAAUAAGAUAUGGAACAAA